AUGAGAACCUCCCUCCACGACCUGGAGGACGUUUACUACAAACUAUACGGGUUGAAAGCCAGGAAGAUUCCCGGUAAUCCCACCCAGCCAGGCCACGGACUGCUCUCCCUGCUGCAGUCAGGGCGGCAUUACCGCUGCCUGGAGGCAGAUACGGAGAGCAUGAGGAGGAACUUCUUCCCCCAGGCUGUCCGCCUGCUGAACCCGAAACGACAGACUCAAAGCCAAUACCAAUAG